CAAACAUUCUACUUCAAUUCCACUUCACCAUGGCAGCAACCGGCAGUGUGUACAGGAACAAUAGUAACAUCGAUAGCAGCAAUAACGGCAGUAGCAACAACAACAGCGGUAGUAGCAAUACUACCAACUACAAUGAAACGAAAGACCUGCCAAUAUCUUUUUCGGCCACGUUGACAGAAGAGGCUCUGUAUGAUCCGCGCGGUCUUCAGUAUGUCGAGCCCACGCAGACUAGUCUCCAGUGCUCUGUCUGCUGCGAGUACUUCACAGAGCCUGUUAGUGCGCCCUGUGGGCACACAUUUUGCCGUGCCUGUAUUCUCCAAGCGCUAGAAGUCCGUAAUGGCUGUCCUCUCUGCCGAACAAAGAUUGAUCCUGCAAUGUUGUAUGAAGUGAUUGCACUGUCUAGAAUUUGUGACGAACUGUUGGUGUAUUGUCCACACAAAGAACUUGGCUGCAAUCACACUUGCCAAAGGAUCCAGAUUGGUCAGCAUCUCAAGGAUGACUGCGUUUACAUUGGAACAUUAUGUCGUGAGCACCACAAGACUUGCCCAGCCGAGAGUGUGACCUGUCCACAUUGCGAAACAACUCGGGCACGACUUCGACAUCUGGAGCAUAUUAAAACAUGUCCACAACAAAUCAUUCCCUGCACGCUUUCAGAAUUCGGCUGUCCAUGGAAAGGCCCUCGAUUUGAUUUGGAAGCAAUCCACAUUCCUCAAUGCCCUUAUGAAGCUAUUCGCGGGUUUUUAGAAUUAUCAAAGUCAAAAAUGGAGGCACUAGAACAGGAAAAUCAACAUCUGAGAGGGAUUUUUCACGACUUGAGACCGCAGGUACAACAACUGCGCGACCAGGUUGGGCAGAUUCAAGAGUCGCUCCAGCUGAUCGCGGAACAGGAGCAAGAACAGGCUGCAGGCUCAAAUAUUAACAAUAGUGGCGGCGGAAUCUCCUUUGGGACGCUUGGAGGAUUCAUGGAUAUGAACUACCACCAGUACCAACACCGGCCUCAAUUUUCACCACGGAUAGAUAGGCGUGAGUCGUAUGAUCUAGUUAGUGUUAAUGGUGUUGAUAAUGAGAUGGAAAUGGAAAGGCAAAGAGCAAGUACUAUGAACAGGAACAACAGUAUCGGAGCCGAGUCCAUGAUGUCCAGCGGCGCUGGAGCGGGUGGCGUUAUGACGCCUGGGAAUGCUGCAGAGGCCCACGAGCUAUUGAUCUCGGAGAACGAGCGCAUCCGGUCAGAGAUAGAGACGCUUACGGCUGGCCUAGCCUCACUGGAGCUUAAGCAGAACAUGGCCAUCAUGACAGAGAGCAUGCGGAUACAGGAGGAGGUUCAGAGUCUGCGGGCUGUUUGUCAUGGCCUUCGGAUGCAGAUGCACUAUUUACUACUGGAGCAACAAAACCUUCGGCAUCAUCCAGGCCCUCCGCCGCCCCCUGGAUCACCCGCUGGGGCUGUGGGUGGGAACCAGCCAGGGUUGAAGGGAAGCGUGAAUGGAGGACCAUCAGGGGAUAGUACAGCCAACGGACGAUCGCUAAGUGUAAGCGGGCCUCCACGACCCCGUUUGUCAGAUGGAUUGGGACGUCAAGACACCAAAUUAUAAUGACUAUCUAUUCCUCGCGUGCUAAAACAACAAUAGCAGUAAUAAUAUAGGUAGCAGUGUUUUCUAAGGACCAGCACUUAUGCAUGUUUUUUAGAGCUGCGAUGUUUGCAGUGUGUUGUCCAGAGUAGAUUGGUAUACUUAUAAGCCACAAUUAUUGUAAUUCAGACGGAUACUGGGACUAAACUGCCUCCAAGGUAGGGCAUUGCUGGGCUCGCAACUUCCUCAUUCCUGAAAUAUCCCAAUAUGCAGG